CCAAGGAGAGCACAGUCGUUUUUCUGAACUUAGUAGUGGAACAUGAACUCCUAUUGUACUAAGCCUGACUGUUACCGGUGCUUGUCCAUGCUUCACAUCCAUCCUGGUGGGGUAAAAGAGGAAAUCACGAUGUUGACACCCCCUCGCAGCACGUCUUCCCCCGAGGGCAGCCCGGCGAGGUCUUCCGGUUCCCCGGAACCGAUCUACCCCGAUAUGGGAUAUUCUACCCUACUCCUCGCUCAGUGGCUCCGGGGUGCUUAUCCGCCUCCGCCCGCCCAGCAGAUCCCACAGCCCCAGCACAAGCCGUACACCAGGCCGAAGAAACAGUUCAUCUGCAAAUUCUGCAACAGGCAGUUUACCAAAUCUUACAACCUGCUUAUUCACGAGAGGACCCAUACCGACGAACGCCCUUACUCGUGUGACAUCUGCGGAAAAGCUUUCAGGCGGCAAGAUCACCUCAGAGAUCACAGGUAUAUUCAUAGCAAAGAGAAACCUUUCAAAUGCGGCGAGUGCGGAAAAGGGUUUUGCCAGUCCAGGACCCUCGCCGUCCACAAGAUCCUUCAUCUGGAAGAGUCGCCCCACAAAUGUCCUGUCUGCAGCCGUUCUUUUAACCAGAGAUCGAAUCUUAAGACGCAUCUCCUCACUCACACGGAACCACAGCCGGAGCCGAGGCCGAAAAUGGGAUUCACCAUAGACGAAAUCCUCAGCCGAUAGUUUGCCGAUUGUCGUACGGUUCGAGUCUUCUAGUCAAAGCCGGUGGUUCUCCUCGCUCCUUACCUAUUUUAGAGUUCCUUCAGAAUCGUGGAUCAACCAAAGACGUUCGUAAAGUGAAAGAUCUCAUUUCAGUGCGGGGAGUUCAUUUAUAUAAUUUAAUCACUUGAUCUCAGAUUGAGUUUUUUUGUUCAAAUUGUAUAUUUUUUGAAGAAAAAAAGUAUAAUUUAAUAACUUGUACAGAAUGUAUAUUUUUUAAGCGAUAAACUGUUAUUUUAUAGCAUUAUAGUUCUUUUGCAAUAAUCGUCGCAGAUGAGUUAUACCGUAAACAGUAUUUUUUAUGUUAAAUACGUUUUUUUCACAAGAUGAAUGUAAUAUAUGUAUUAAAGUGAAUGAUUAAAUUUA